AUGAAAGUGCGGAUGCUCCUGUUCCUGGCGGAGUGGAUCCACCUGGCGACGGUGCCGACGGCCAUGAUGACAGACGUGAUGUGCUUCCACGUGGUCCUGGACGCCGUCCGCCCCCUGGCCGUCCUGCUGACCCUUGGAGUGGUGGCCACGAUCCUUGGGCAGCUGCUCUUCCUGCUUCUGGUGGAGAUGUUCCUGGUCCUGGAGUUCGCGCGCCUGGAGCCGGCCAUGUUGUCCAUUCUGGUCGAGUCGAUCUACCUACUGGCGUCGUGCCUCUGGGAGCCCAUGCUGAUGAAGAUGAGCCUUCUGCUGGAGUCGCUUGUCCUGGCCUUCCUGAUGGGCGGAGUCGCGAAGAAGGAGUCGCUCCUCGGCUGCCCGCUGCGGCGCGCAGCUUGGUCGGCCCUUCCGGCUUCAGUCUCUCAGACCUCGCCGCAAUCUCCGCCAUGUUGGACGAGAAGUUUUCAGCGUUAA